AGGUCCAAAGACGUCCCCCCCUUCGGACCCCCCAUCCCCAGCGGCGUCGCCUUCCGCAAAUCCGACGUCUUCCGAGAUUUCUUGCUGGCCAAGGUGAUCAACGCGGAGAACGCCGCUCACAAAUCGGACAAGUUUCACACCAUGGCCACGCGAACCCGGCAGGAAUACCUGAAGGAUCUGGCGGAAAACUGCGUCACCAACACGCCCAUCGAUUCCGCUGGGAAGUUCAACCUCAUCUCGCUGGCUUCCAAGAAGAAGGAGAAGACGAAAGCCCGAGCCGGGGCCGAGCAACACAGCGCGGGGGCCAUCGCCUGGCGCGUCUCCGCUCAGGAUUUCGCCCGGGGAGCGGAGAUCCCUUGCGCCUUGGGUAUCUCCAACGAAUUCGUGGUCCUGCUUGACCUCGGCGCCAAGGAGGUGGUCUUCAACUGCUUCUGCGGGGACGUCAUC